UAUAAAUAAAGAUGUCCGAUGCAAGGCUAGGAAGAGAUGAGCAUUUAUUGUACUGCUUUUGUCAGAGUUGCGACAUUUCAGAAUCAGUCUGCUGUAUCCCUAUGGUGUGCAGGGAUGAGAGGAUACUCAACAUAUCAAGCAAAUACAGGAAAGACAGCAAUGGCAGUUCUGAGGACUACACUUUGUGCUGUCUUCAUGGUGACUGUAGCGUUGUCUAAACCAGUCUGUCUAGGUGAAGGUGACGAUUUAUCCAAGUCAUCAGAGUCCAGCGAGUCAAAUUCAUCAGAGGAGACUACCACUCAUGUUGGGCCUUCACAGGAACCCCUGCAGCCAGUGUUUACAGAGACAGACAUGCCUAAUGCUAUGGAGGAGACUGACCCCCUGGACACUGCAGCCCUACUUCCCUCUGCAGACGCAGGGCCUUCUACAGCCACGCUCGAUACUUCAGCCCUGCCAGACCCUGAGGACCCACAAAGCGCCACUGAUGCGAACACUUUACAACUCAUGCCAGAUGAUCCUUCACAAACUGCUCUGGGCAUAGACAUUUCUCAGGAUAUGCCUGAUUCUGAUCCUGCACAGGACUCAAUUAACGCUGACACUGUGCACAUUCCAGAUACAGAGUCUUCACUACACCCAGGGCUUACAGAAACUGAUAUAAUCAUAGGUAUUGAUGGCACAAACCAACCAAAAGUCACCACCACAUACCAAGGAUUCCCCCAAGAUUCCACUCCACCCAUCACCAAGACAACACCUCCACCGUUCUCUACAGCCCCACCCCUGCCAAUUGCCAUCGAAACUGCCCUGACUGGUGUUCCUGUUUGUUUCACUUUCCAGUUGGCGACUCCUGAGCCGGAUGCACCUAGAGGAGAUAGCAUUUGAGCCUAACAGAAACAGUUAUCCAUUUCAGGUUAGGUUUGGUCCAUGUUAUUGUUGUACAUACAGUAUAUGUAGUUUGGCUUUCACUUUGAUUUCACAUUUCCUUCAUCAGUGGUAAUUUUGUUAUAAUGGUGCUGAUGUACAUGAUUUCUAUAUAAAUACAAUGGAAAUAUUUGAACUCAUGCAAGCUGUAAAACUGAAGCGCCGUUGAUUUGUGGAAUCGACACCUUAGCUGACACCUCAAAUGUAUUCAUAUGAGCAGCUGAAAAUGUGAUGUGAUUAAAUGUUCUUAUCUCGAA